ACCUGACGUUACAUCAUCAUCAGCCAGCAGUCAAGUGGAGUCAUCAAUGUGGUAUAGCACAACUACUGUAGCUGACACAUCAACACCUGAUCCAUUAGACCCAGAGGAUCCACAGGAGAUCAGAAGGAGGCGAUUAGAGCGCUUCUCACAAAACUCCUAGGGAACCAUAUUGUUAUAUUUCAGAUAUCCUGUUGUUAAUUUCCAGUCAUGGUUAAGAAGAUAGGUUUAUGUAAAUAAGCUAUAGGGAAUAUCAGUUUUACUAUUUCCGAUUUUGUGUAAGAGGAUGCGACUUCCUAUAUAUUAGGGGAAAAGUUCUUUUGAAAAAUCAGAUUAAUUCAUAUUCAAUGGUACUUAUUUUUUCAUGUUGCACAUAUAGGGACUGCUUUUUUAUAGAUGAAAUGUGGGUUUUGCAGAUGGGUGUCAAAUAAUUUUUUUUUCUUGUCUGCAUGAAAAGAUUUAUAAUCUGCAUUAAUCACAAGAGUAUUUCAUGCAAUAAUGCUAAAUGGUGUGGGGAGUUUGAUUUUGAUUGUGCCCAAACUUUAUUCAAAGGGACAACUGAAGGCUAGCAGCCAAGACUGUUGUCAUUAUUUGCUUAGAAAAUAUAUUUUAAAUUACUUU